AUGCGCGUUCGUGUCCAGUGCUUGUGUUUCAUCUUCUUCACCGAAGUAUGUGUUGGGCACGUUGUCCCAGAAAGCUUCCUCCACUUUGCCUCCACCGAAGCGCAGGAGAAGCGCCGAAAGGCCCGCGAUGAGAUUAAAGCGGAGCAGGAUCAAUUUCAUCAGGAGUUGAAGGAGAAGAAGAAGCGCUUGGACAAAGAGUUAGAAGACCAAGCCAAGGAGGAGAAGUUUCUGGAAGAGGAGGUCCAACGACUUCGCAAGGUUGGUCGAAAGAAGGAGUCGAAAGCGAAACCAGCAUCCUUCCUCGAGCAGAGUGACAUGAAGGUGAACUGCUUCAUAUCUUCCCUUCUCCUGCUGGUGCUCGGCGGGGUAGCUGCACUUUUGACUCGGGCGAGGGCUGCCGAACCCGAGGAUUACCUCCGCCAUGAGCCGGAAAGAAGCGCGGGAGACGAAGCCAGAGCCGCGGUGAAGCAGUGUAUGGUGGUGGCGCUGACGCGCACCGUGGGCAAGCAUUACAAGGCGCGGACGGACGCGCGCACGCACGCGGUGGAGCGGCUCAGACUGAGCGGCCCGAGCAUGGUGGGGAAAAAGGUUAGGUUCACCCUGUACAUGCCCGUUCUGUACAAGUUGGCCAUUGAGGGUGGCCGCCGCGUACAAGGGCCCAUGCUCAGCCGUCAGAUCCACCUACGCGUGGCCCGCUUGCUGGAGCAAGCCGUCGCUGGACUGGAAUCGGAUGUGAUGAAGAUUGAGGGCUACAACGACGAGGACGAGGAUCAGCCCGUGAUGGGGCCGAAGUUGGACAGCAGAGGACGGAUGCAGUGGUGCUUGGCCUUCCUCACGGCUUUGGCCACGGUCCAGGUGAAGGAGGCCCCCAAGUCCGACGUCUUCCUUGAAAAGGCCACCGACAUCCAGUUCGACUCCUUCGUGUGCGUGGAUUUGCUGCCGAUGUUGGUCCGGAUCCUGCGACAGUCACCGGAGCCCUUCGAGGUGCCAAGUGGCCAAGUUCCUUGGGUUUUAGGCUUUGGCGGUGUGCUUCUUGCUGAGCUCGGUGAGCACGUCACCCUGCUUGCCGCCGCACAUGCCGGAUGUGUUGCGGAUCUCUGA